GGGCCCUUGACUGAAUCUGAACUUCCAUCAACAAGUCAAUCUACAAUCAACGUCAACGUCCCGCAAUCCUUUUCUUGACUCAUUCCGAGACUUCUUCUUGGACAAGAUUCUUCUUCUUUACGCGAUUACCGUGGGACCUGCAAUUUAAUCUUCCUUCGUCUACCUCUUACCUAAAUCUUCAAAAUGGCUGAUGAUGAGGAUCGCGCGCAAAAGCAACGGGACGGAAUUGAUAGAGAGGCCGCAAAGCUUUGGAGAUGUUAUCGAACCGUACACGAGAUGGUCCAGGAUCGGGGUUACCUUCUCGCUGAAGAAGAAGUCAACAUGAGCUUUGAUACAUUCAAGAGCAAGUUCACCAGUAAUGAUGGAAGUGUUGAUCGUCGCCAAAUGAACUUCUCCGCAACUCCAAGUGAAGCUAUGAUUGCCAGAUACGCAGUUGCGCCCACAGCGGAGAACCCAAACCCCACUACCUCAGAAAUCGGUACUAUCUGGAUUGAGUUUCUCAUGGUCACUGAUGUUUCUAUUGGAAUCAAACAAAUGCGAACGUUCGCCCAGCAUCUUUCUCAACAUAACUUCUCGGCCGGAAUCCUCAUCGCACCUGUUGCACCAUCAGGUCCCGCUCAAAAGAUUAUUCCCGCUGUCGCAUCCGAGACAAGAAUCGAGACCUUCGUCGAGCAAGAUUUACUUGUCAAUAUUACACAUCAUGAAUUGGUUCCCAAGCAUGUUUUGUUAAGUAGAGAAGAGAGGGCCAAGUUGUUGUCAAGAUAUAGAUUGAAGGAUACUCAACUCCCACGUAUUCAGGCUGCGGAUCCAGUUGCAAAAUAUUUGGGAUUGAGAAGAGGGCAGGUCGUUAAGAUUAUCAGAAAGUCGGAAACUGCUGGUCGUUAUGCCAGUUACAGAUUGUGCGUAUAAUGGAGCUGGAGGGUAGAUGAUUUGGUGUUAAUAACUAGGGAGUUUCUUGGGAAAAAUUUGCAUAUUUGGGGAAGGCGUAAUAGGCUGGAAGAAAGACUGAGGAUGAGAUUGUCUAUUUUGGCUUUCCAGGAAGCAAUACUUUGAGACAUGAAAUUUGAUAUUAAAUUUCUUGUUCUGUAUAUUUCUGAUAGUUUCAGAGCUUUUCAAUAAGAUCUAUUCUACAGUUUUAAGAAUCCAGACUCACCCUUUGAGAAGCUCAUACAAAGUUCCUUCCUAGCCAUUCCCGAGCUAGCCUAAGGGCUGACUAUCAACAUCAUCUCUGUUAUAGGUUGCCUGGAGAGGUGGAAUACAAACAUCCUGAAACCUUUGACCUUAUUGAGACUCAUCUGCUCCCACUUGUAUUCCAAGUAUCCUCUGACUUGUGUCCAGGACAUGAUUCUCGUUAGACUCAUGAAAGAAAGGGGCGACUGACCAUAUAUGCACGCUAAUCUCCUUUUCAGUUUACCUAUACUAGAUCACCCUCUCCCUAGCUCUUUCUAUGGGAUGUGACAAAGCUUUGCUGAGAAUGCGAUUUGAUAGGGAAAUCCAUGGCUGCUUUGCUAGUUGAAUAGAUUCUUAUCAUGUUAUUCAUGUAAGUUUUGCCAUGCUGGGUGGACAUGGUGUAAUACAAUGGUUAUGAUUAUGAUCUAGAGCUAGUCUUGAUUUUGGAUUCUCUUCUUGUGCACAAUGAGAUGAACGCAUGAAUUGAAUGAAUGAAGUACUUACGGAUUAGAUGCAGCUGAAUACAUGAAUGUCAGAUGAAUACCUGUGUUGAAUAUGGGGUUGAUUGUAGUCUCGCCUCAGGUGCUGUGGGGGGCGUUUAUGUAUCUACCUUCUAUCUAGCUAAUAAGUGACUGUCGACUCUACUAUCA